AUGGCCAUUGGUUGGAUUGUGUUUCUGCUGCUGGUAAACAACAGUGGAACACUUGGAAACUAUCAUGACUGCAAUGUAUCACAAAGAUGUAUGAAGGAUAUUAACAUAUUCCUUUGGGAUUUAAACCAAGAUGAGCCAAAGGAAUAUGCUACUCUCAUGUAUGAUUCCUUUGGAAAGAUGGGCAGCAGUGUUAAAGAUGGUAAUGUGAAUCAGCCCGGUUCCCUGCAGCAGUGUCGCUCUGCUAUCGGCCCCGGCUUCUCUGCACAGUAUUGCCAGGUGUUCCUGAAGCAGGGAGCCAUCCAGUAUUUUGUGGGUAUUUGUCUCCCUGACUCCUGCAGGGAGCAAGAUGUGGAACGCAUUGUGCAGUGUGACGGACUUCAGUUCAACCAGAGGUCUCUCCUUAGUCCAUUACCUCCCAUCUUGACCAAUCAGUCUUAUCAGGACAUAAUCAUGACUCACUGUUUAGCCGACGCAGUUACUCUUGAUGCAUCAAGCGUAGCUUGCAUGUGUGUGUGCUGUGUCAUGUUAGCCAUUCCUCUUGCAGCUACCCUUCUCAGAGCCCUAAGAAGGUCAGACCCAAGCAGAAUGGUCAGUCCCACAGAGCAUAUUUCCCUUUCAAACUUUUAUGGCACUCUGAAAAGCAAUGGCUUAUCUGGCAAUGAAGUAAAUGGCCAAACAUUACAGGAAAAUGGUAGGAUCAACCCUGUUGCAGAAGAUAUUUCUCAAAGUUGUCUUUCUAGCUGCUUUCGAGCAUUUGCCUUACAGACAACAAGCAAGGGAGUCUUCAGCACGCUCCCCUCUGUCCAAAGUGACAAGUAUGCCUCUCUGAAUGGCAUACGUGUCCUCAGUUUGCUGUGGAUUAUAUGUGGGCACUCUGCACAGUUCCCAGUAAUUAACAACCUUGAUAACUACAAAACAUGGAGGAAGGCUGUUCAAAGUAGUCCAACAUAUGUGCUCACCAUUAGCGGCCCUGUUUUUCUGGCUGUUGAUACCUUCCUAUUGCUUGGAGGUUUGCUAAGUGCCAGAUCUUUGCUGAGCUCCAUCAACAAGGCAGAAGACCAUCUGAGUCUCGGUUUGGUUGCAAACUAUCUCUUCAAGAGGAUUAAAAGGAUUCAGCCUCUGCAUCUGUUUACAAUGUGUCUCACUGUCAGCCUCAUCUCCUUGGUCCAGUGGGGUCCCUACUGGUUCCCAUUUGUAGAAACACUGAUGGACUGUAAAGCAUACUGGUGGGCUAACGUGCUGCUAAUUAGCAAUCUACUACCAGUACAUGAGAUUUGUAUCCCCUGGACAUGGUACCUGUCUUUAGACUUCCAGUGCUAUGCAACUACCCCUCUGUUGGUCUAUAUUUACAGAUUUAAAAGGAGUGUGUUUGCCAUUGUGGUAGGAAGCCUUUUGGUGAUUUCUACUGUAACCAGUGCAGCUAUAACUGCAUGCCUGCACCUCCCAGUCUUUCAGCCAUCUACGAUAACAACGGACAACUACGUUUUGUAUUACUACGUGAAACCCUACACGAGGUAUGGACCGUUUCUGAUAGGGAUCCUAACAGGGAUACACCUGACAACAAAGAAAGGUCAGCUUUUAAAGGAAAAGUGGCAAGCAGCGCUUGGUUGGUUCUGCUGUCUUUCCAUGAUGUCUUUGCUUAUUGGACUGGCUUACCUCCUGAAAGAAACUCCAGCCUACCCAUCUGUGGCCCAUGCUCUGUAUCAGGGGCUGCACAGACCAGUCUGGGCCCUGGCUGUGAGUUGGAUCAUUCUGGCCUGUGAGGAGGGCUAUGGAGGAUUUAUCAAGACAUUCUUGUCCUUUGGUGUCUGGGUUCCUCUGUCCAACAUUAGCUUUGCCUGCUAUCUGGUACAUCCCAUCUUCAUUAUUCUCUACAAUGGUUUGCAAGAAACACCAAUCCACUACACAGAUAUCAACUUUAUGUACCUGUUCUUCGGCCAUCUGGUGCUCACUCUGGUGGUCGGCUGUGCUCUAACCGUGUUGAUUGAAAAGCCCUACCUCUUCCUUAAAGACAAAAGUAUCUAGAUAAGGUGUAACAUAUAAUGCAGUCCUCUUAUUCAUAUGU